AUGGAGUUUCCUCAACCUACAAACCCCAACCCUAACCCAGGUCAGAGUUCUCGUUUACCUAUCUCUCAUCCUUAUCCUCCAACAUACCGAGCUUCCAUCAGUCAACAGCAACAACAGCAACAUCAAUACCACUAUCAACGGCGGGAUCGAAACCCAAGUCAAGAUACAAGACCUACCAUGCCAUCAGCGUAUGGUCCAGGAUACUCAGAGGAAUCUUUAGCACCUGCUUACAAUGCGCCUUAUGAACCAACAGGACCUUACAACCUGGCGCCAUCACCCAACCCCGAGCCAAGGGAAGAUGAACCGUUUGCUUCAUCGGCAGCUAGUUUACCAUCGAGAAUGCGUUCCGCAAGAUGGACAAAAGAGGACGAAGAAGCAGAGAGAGAGUUCUUACGAAAGGGUUUGGUGGAUUGGCACGCGGUGAAAAGUUGGAGGUUUUGGAUUAGAAAAGAAUGGUGGUUUUAUUAUCUCAUCCUGGCGCUGAUAAGUGUGCUGGUCAUACUGAUGUCGGUCUUCCAUGACCAAAUUGUCGGUUGGUUAACACCGGUUGCCAAUUGGAUGAAAAAUUUACCAGCUGGUUGGACUAUACCCAUAGCCGUCUUAUUCGUCAUCUCCUUUCCUCCGCUAUUUGGACAUGAGAUCGUCGCCAUACUCGUCGGGGUCGUUUGGGGUCUUUGGGUCGGUUUCGGGAUCGUAUCAGCUGGCACAUUCCUUGGAGAGAUUGGGAAUUUUUACGCUUUCAAAUACUGUCUUCGGUCCAUGGCCGAAAAACAUGAACGUACAAAUUUCAACUACGCAUGUUUGGCCCACGUAGUACGCGAAGGAGGGUUCAUGAUCAUUUUCAUGGCUCGUCUUAGUGCUAUCCCUGGACACUUCACCACUGCGGUUUUCUCCACGGUCGGCGUCAACAUCUGGUUGUUCGUCAUCGCUACUAUUUUGACAUUACCCAAACAGCUCACUGUUGUAUACCUCGGUGUCAUAUUCAAACAAGGAGAGAAGACUACGAAAGAUAAAAUCAUCUCAGAUUCUGUUUUGGCAAUUGGAUUCCUCAUCACUAUUCUUGCUGCUUGGUACAUAUGGCGGGAAAUGAGCAAAGCUCGGGUUAUAGUCUGGCGUCGACAAAGAAUGGCUCUGGCAGGUAAAGGUGUUAGUAUGGAUCCAGUCACUGGAAAGCAGCGCUCGAGUUAUAAAGAUCCCGAGACUGGUGAAGUCGAUGAUAGUCGAAGUCCUAUACUUCAACAACAUCGGAUAGCUCAUCAAAGUUAUCAAAGUUAUCGGAACCCAUAUGAUAUCCAAUAUCGACCCAAUGACACCAUGUCAGUGUAUGACGUCGACGGUCCACAUCCCUUACCCGAACAAGAUAUCGGAUAUUCUCACGAUCCUCGUCAAUCUGAGCUCUUCCCUGAAGCCCGUCCAUCCGGAGUCAGACGGUCAAAGACCAACGCUACAACAUAUACCGUCGAAAUCCCAUCUGAACCAGCUCAAUUCCCCAUUCCAUCUCCCGCACGAAUCUCAAGAGAUAUGCGGUCUCCUAACGGAACCAAUUUCCCGGUCACAUAUGGUAGAGAAAGAUAUCCUCCUGGUCAAUAGUUGUUGUAAGAGGGAAAUGUCAUCUUUGUACGUGUAUCAUUUUGUCAAAAUUGCUAGAUGCAAUAGAAUUUCA